AUGGAUCUAUAGUAAUAUGUUUUAUAAAAAAUUCAGGGACUAUUAUAGUAGCUGGUGAUUAUCAUUCGGUGUGCACUUUGUAAGAGGGAAAACACAUCCCAGAUAUUCGACUUUUUAUCGAAAGGUAUACAACGUCAAAACGAGAAAUGGGUGUGAAAGGUCUCUUGUCCUUUCUUAAAGACAAAAUGGACUCGGUCGACCUGUUUGAUGUUGCCCGGGAAAGAGAUGGCAUAGAAAUACUGGCCGAUUUCUAUGCCUUUGAGAAUGCUCUGCUCAUGAGCAUGUGGAGGGUCUUGGAUGAGGAGGUUUACGGAAACUACUACCUUAGGCUGGGACUUGGCGAGUACGACAACAUUGACAAGUACCUAAAGAACGUCAUCUACGACCUACGCUCCCAUGGCGUCGAGUUAGUGUUCUACGUUGAUGGUGCGCGGGGAAGUUCAACUUACCAGUGUGAGAGGAAGCUGGACAAGUGGAAAGAAGGACACAAGGGAUUGUUAAAGAAACUUCGUCAUCCGUUAGAGGUUUGCAGCGGUACGAAGUGGGGCCUGCCUUUCGAUCCUGCCGUUCUUCCGGUUUUAUUGGAAGCGCAAUUCUUCCAAACGCUGAAGGAAUGCAUGUGCGAGAUCAACCAGUUGGCCUCCGGCGAAGUUGAUUACACCGUGGCGAAUGACCUCGUUAAGCGCCCAAAAGCCUAUGCGAUACUCGGUAACGACACCGACUUUUGUAUCUUCAAAGAAAGUGUUUUCAUUCAUGUUGAUCAGUUCAAGAUGCCAACAGAUUUAGGUCUUGGAACAGGGCCUAAUGCAGAACUCAACAGUUUACCUGCUCAAGUCAUCACGCAAGAGAAGUUGUCAGAUAUUCUUGGGUUCGGACAUCACAGCGAGUUGAUUGAGUUCGCGAUUCUCUGCGGCAACGAUUUCACCUUCCCUGAACUCAACCGAUUAAAUCUGAAAGAGAAACUUGGACUACGUAACAGAUGGGAGCAGCACAUACGUGAGGUCGCAUAUUGGGUCAAAGCGAAUAACAAGGUUGAUAAUCAUCCGUUGGUGGUACAAGAAGAGAAACUGAUGAAGGGAGUUCACUACUCCCGGAUCUUCUACAGCUUGGGUCCGCUGUCUUCCGAGCCAGUUGGUACAGGUGGAGAGAUGACCAAUCACAUCGCAAAGGGCAUAACCGAAAUCAAGUACCCAGCCACUGUCAUGUCGAUGCACAACAAGUUCUACUGGCACAGACACCUGCUAGAGGAUACAAGCCCUGGACAGCCCAGCGUGGAGGAGGAGUUGACGGAACUCCGACGGUACAUUUACAAGUUCCUUCUGCCGGGUGACGAGGACUUCGUGAUGGAACAUGGUAGGACCCCUCAUAAAGAUCUCGUUGAAAGGAAGGUGACGCCAUCAUCAAAAUUUUCAAUAGAUCUCCUCCGGAUCCAUCAAAUAUGUCCUGAUGACCUGCAAAAGAACCUCGAGACAUUUCACACGAUCAUGACACACCAAGAACAUGGGUCUGCCUUCAGGAUGAGUAUCAGCCAUUAUGACAAGAGAACGAGUUUUCUCGCCUGCGUUCUGCGGUACUUCCUCAUCAUGAACAAAGGGAAGAACCUUAACAUCACCCAUGAGGAGUUCCACGCUUUGGCGGCAAUGGCAUUUGCUAAGGAUGCAGCCUUGAAUGUGGAGUUUUAUAUCGGGCUUGCGAUCCGCCCAAGUGUAAGAUGUGUUACCAUCGGAAACUGGUUUCAGGCAGUUUUUCGGUAUGCAUUUGACUACAUUGGUAAAAUUCUGAGGGUGUCACAUGAGUUCCCUCUUCCGAGAGAAGUCUUCAGUGGCUCAGUGUGGACUGCCUUCUACAUGCUUCGGUCGGCAAGAGAGGAAGUUUUCGCAAUGAAAUGGAAACACCCAGUCCGGAUAGAGCACUCCGAUCAAGGCCGCGUUGAUAACGAAAUGAAGAAGAUCAUAGAGGGAAGAACAGGCGUUCUUCUUGAUAUCAUGGAAGGAUACCUGUUGCCGCAUGAUGUUUCGACCCCCCACGAAGCUAGAGGUCAGCAACACCGAGGUUCGCAACCACCAAUUUACGGCCGUGGUGCAGGACAGUCACAACGAUGGACCACGGCGCAAACCCAUCCUGGAGGAGCCAGAGGGAACCGUGGUGGAGCCUAUGGAUAUAGCCUCGACCAUUAUUAGAGGAGUACACUGACAGAAAUCACUAAGGUGUCAGCAUGCAUGGACGUAAAUUCAGACUGCAUCGCCGGAGGCGGUGGUGGUAGGCAAAUAUAUCCCAGGAUGCUUUUUAGUCAAAUGCCACUAAGAAAUACCAAAGAAUGGUGUCUGGCAUACAUGUACAUGUAUAGGAGAUCGCUGGUGAUUGGCUGCUGUGUGAGUAAUUUCAGUCCCCUCUAGAAAGUGUCCUAGUACCUUAGAUGGUAAGUGUACAAAAUAAUCCUGACGUGUAGAAAGCUUAGUUUACUCGAGAACUGUUCUUACAGAUACUGGGCACAUUGAGGCUCUCAGGUCCGCCCGUCAGGACAGACCAGAGGCAGGGUGACAACUGAUACCAACUUUUCAAUGUUGUUCGCAUCCGUAUAUCCCUGCUCACGCGCACAUCUAUUCUUGAAACAGAUCCUAAAACACAUUGUAUAAAGAGCGAUUUUUUAUCAAGGUCAACUUCUAUUUUUAAACCAAAAUUUUAAAAGUCUAUUUGAAAGAAAUCGUGCUUACAAAAGAGGUGAUGAGUUGUCACGCGUGCGUCACCCCGCUGAGAGAUACCCAAUUUCUUGAUGUGACCAACAGUGUGCUCCCCACCUCUAUCAACUAAAUGUACAAGUAUGUGCCGAGGCGUUGGGACGUGUGUGCAGUUUUAAACAAUGACACUGGACAUUAUAUCAUAAAUCAUCUAAAUAAUUAUCUGUUUUGUCUAUUUGUUCAGCUACUAAUGUUUUUAUCCGGCGCUAUUAUUUAGUAUCCAUUAUAAUUUUACAUGGAAUUUAGACCUCACUGCAUGUAAAAGCGAGUAAAACCUGUACUACACUAUGCAAUUGUAUUGCUUUAAAUUUAUCU